CCAGGAUAUAUAUGCGUGCGUCGAAGUUCGAUCCCAAGCAGUCUCAUCCUGAUUCCUGUUCUACAUUUCUGUACGCCUCAGUCCACACGACUACUUGCCCUCAUCGAAACUGAUCAGGUUUGCGAUCCAGUUUGUUUCGAGGGAUUAUCGGGUUAGAAUUUCGAAUCAAAGCUGAAUCGUAGUCACAGAAAUGGCGAGCUUUCUCUAUGGCAGCAGCGACCCCACGUACUAUGUCGAUCGAUCUCGCUACACUCCCUACAAUCCCGAGACUGGCUACGGGUUCGGCCAGUCUCGAGUAAUUGAGCUUCUAGUUCCAAUGUGUUGCCUCAAGUGUGAGGAGAAGAUUUAUGAGGAGAUGAUGGAGCUCAGAGGAAUUCAGGGGGUCAUGGUGGACCGGCAGGCGCAGCGCGUGGUCGUGCACGGGUUUGUGGAUCCCUUGAAAGCACUGAAGAGAGCGAAAAAGGUGAAGAAAGACUCCCAAUUGUGGAGAGGGGCACCGUAUGGAGAGCACAACGUGUUCUCAUCUUCAAAGUAUCGGCGCAGUGCAUAUCGAUCACCUUCGAUUUACCGAUCUUCCUCAUUCGAGUACCGACCAUCAGCAUAUCGCGCGUCAUCGUCUGCUUAUGGGCGGCCUUCGGUGUACAGAUCCUCCUUGUAUCGAUACUCGCCUGCUUAUGGUCCAGCUUCGUCUGUGCGCCAGUCAUGGUCAGUAUACGAUGACAUGUACAGUCCAGGUUAUUUGCACAACGUGGAAUAUGGGUACCACUAGCAUCCAGAGGUUUCAUGUUCAAUGACAUGAAAGCGCCCCCUUGUAUAAAGACACAAUGUUAUCGGAGAGUGUAUUAACUACAAUCCUGCCUGUAGAAAUCAUGUGCCCUUUCUUCGUUCGACCAUGGUUUUUGAGGCGGGCGAGUUAUAGAAGGCCCGUCUUUUACUGCUUUUUAAUGAGGAGACGUCGAACUAAGCUACAUGUGUGCACAUGUACAUGUUGAUUUGAGUUGGAGACUUCUUGUAAGCUCAGCGAAUUUUGAAAUUGAAAUGCGGUUCUUGACAAGAAAAAUAUAUUUCAAUGGC